AAACCUUCAGUUUUUUAAUACCGUACUUCAAUCCAAAACAUAACCUCAAAAUCACAACAACUGAUAUAAACAAACCAAGAAAUGGCUACAAAAUUCGAUGUAGCUGCGUAUAAUUUCCGGAAGAAAUGUCCGUUCGUAGCCAAGGACCUUCUGCGCUGGUUCCCCGGACAUAUGAACAAAGGUUUAAAGCAAAUGCAGCGUAAGUUAAAGAGCGUUGACUGUGUUAUCGAAGUCCAUGAUGCAAGAAUUCCAUUUACGGGGCGUAAUCCUAUAUUUACCAACACAUUAAUAGGUGCAAAACCUCACAUACUAGUGUUGAAUAAGAAGGAUUUAACAGUACCAUCGUUAAUACCGCGGAUAUCAGAUAAAUUGAAAGCUGAACAGAAUGUACAGAAUGUCAUGUUUACGAACAGCAAGGACCAGCACUGCAAGGGAUUGAAAAAGUUAAAACCGUUAAUGGUUGACUUGAUAAAGUCGUCUAACAGGUAUAAUAGGAGUGAGGAACUAGACUACAAUGUGAUGAUCAUGGGGGUCCCAAAUGUUGGGAAGUCUUCAUUGAUAAACAUGCUGCGAUCAAAGAAUAUGAGCAUAAGACAUGCGCUGCCUGUAGGCGCAGUGGCGGGCGUCACCAGGAGUGUCAUGACCAAGAUAAGAAUAAAUAAUGAUCCUGUUAUAUUCAUGUUGGAUACACCAGGUAUACUAGAACCUUCUGUGACAGAUAUUGAGAUGGGCCUGAAGCUAGCACUCUGUGCCUCUCUACAAGACCACCUGGUAGGUGAGGAGAUCAUAGCCGACUACUUACUGUACUGGCUGAAUAGCCACGGACAGUUCAAGUAUGUAGACUACAUGGGGUUAGAGGAGCCUUCAGAUGAUAUAAAUAAGGUUCUGAUCUCUGGUGCUAUCAAAUACAACAGAAUCCGCAGAACAAGGGACUUUGACGGUCGAGUCCGAGAUGUUCCAGACCUGCUUGAAGUUGCAAGGACUAUGAUCAAGGCAUUCCGAACUGGAGAGCUUGGCAAGAUGCUGCUAGACAUAGAUCUGCUGGAAGAGAAACAUUUUGUGGUUGAUAAAACCUUAGCGUAAUGUUAAUGUCUUGUA